UUCCAGCAUCACUCGUACCGCUGACAUCUCUCAGCGAGCGAGUACAAUCAGGGCCUAUCCCUGUCUUGACUUCGGUCAUAUUCCACAUUAUCUAGGCACGGACAAGACAACGGCUCAACCAUCAUCGGGGAACAUCAAAAAAACUCAUUUAGGUGGUUAGGAUAUCUGUAGGGAGGCAUCACUCUUAGAGCAAGAUGUUAGAUCCGUCGUCCAGCGAGGAGGAAUCUGAUGGGAUAGUGGAGGAGGAAAGCAAAGAGGCGAUGGCACCUCAGGCCGGAUCCCGCAUCUCUCCAAGCAGGACCAGCGAGAGCUCGGGUGGACUGGCACCCAGCAGCAGCCGCAGCAGUGCCCGUCCGACCAGCCCGAGCCCGUCAGCCGUUAGCGAGGAGAAAGAGGAUCUGGAGAAGCUGCAGAGGGAGGAAGAAGACCGUAAAAAGAAGCUGCAGUUGUAUGUUUUUGUGAUGCGAUGCGUCGCUUAUCCAUUCAAUGCAAAACAACCCACAGAUAUGGCAAGGCGACAGCAGAAGAUAACCAAGCAGCAGCUUCAGCAGACCAAGGAUCGCUUCCAGGCCUUCCUCAAUGGAGACACACAAAUUGUGGCUGAUGAAGCAUUCAUCAAUGCUGUGCAGAGCUACUAUGAGGUAUUCUUAAAAAGCGACCGUGUGGCUAAAAUGGUCCAGAGCGGCGGCUUCUCAGCCACUGAUUUCAGGGAUGUGUUCAAGAGGCACAUCGAGAAGCGUGUGCGCAGCCUUCCAGAGAUUGACGGCUUGAGCAAGGAGACGGUGCUCAGCUCCUGGAUGGCCAAGUUUGACACCAUCUACCGUGGCGACGAGGAUCCACGCAAGGCACAGCAACGCAUGACUGCCAGCGCAGCCUCCGAGCUGAUCCUCAGCAAGGACCAGCUGUACGAGAUGUUCCAGAAUAUCCUCGGCAUCAAAAAGUUUGAGCACCAGCUGCUUUACCAAGCCUGUCAGCUGGACAACCUGGAUGAGCAGGCUGCACAGAUCAGAAGAGAGCUGGAUGGUCGUCUUCAGAUGGCAGACCAGAUUGCUAGGGGUGGGAAGUUCCCCAAAUUUGUGUCUAAAGAGAUGGAAGCCAUGUACAUUGAGGAGCUCAAGUCUUCAGUGAAUCAGCUGAUGGCUAAUCUGGAGAGCAUGCCCGUGUCCAAGGGUGGGGAGUUCAAACUCCAGAAGCUGAAGCGGGGACACAAUACCUCCAUCAUCGACAUGGGCCAGGAGGAUGAGAACACACUGUCCAAGUCUGAUGUGGUUCUGUCCUUCACUUUGGAGGUGGUGAUCAUGGAAGUGCAGGGGCUGAAGUCUCUGGCUCCGAACAGGAUUGUCUACUGCACCAUGGAGGUGGAGGGAGGCGAGAAACUCCAGACUGACCAAGCAGAAGCAUCCAAGCCAACCUGGGGGACCCAAGGGGACUUCACCACCACACACCCUCUGCCUGCUGUCAAGGUGAAACUGUUUACAGAGAGCACAGGGGUGCUGGCACUGGAGGACAAAGAGCUGGGCAGGGUUGUUCUCCACCCUACUCCUAACAGCCCCAAGCAGUCAGAGCUCCAUAAGAUGACUGUGACUAAGGCUUGCCCCGACCAAGACCUCAAGAUCAAACUGGCCAUUCGUAUGGACAAACCACAGAACAUGAAACACUGCGGGUAUCUCUGGGCUUUUGGGAAGAAUGUGUGGAAACGCUGGAAGAAGCGUUUCUUUGUCCUCGUGCAGGUGAGUCAGUAUACGUUCGCCAUGUGCAGCUACAGAGAGAAAAAAUCUGAACCACAGGAGCUUCUCCAACUGGACGGAUAUACUGUGGACUACAGUGACCCCCAGCCAGGCUUGGAUGGUGGCAGGGCUUUCUUCAAUGCAGUGAAGGAAGGUGACACUGUGAUCUUUGCCAGCGAUGAUGAGCAGGACCGCAUCCUGUGGGUCCAGGCCAUGUAUCGUGCCACUGGCCAGUCUCACAAGCCUGUCCCACCCACUCAGGUCCAGAAACUUAACUCCAAAGGGGGUGCCUCAGCCCAAAUGGAUGCUCCCAUUUCUCAGUUCUACGCUGACAGAGCUCAGAAACAUGGCAUGGAUGAGUUUAUCUCCGCUAAUCCCUGUAGCUUUGACCACGCCUCGCUUUUUGAGAUGGUGCAGCGACUCACGUUGGACCACAGGCUUAAUGACACCUUCUGCUGCUUGGGAUGGUUCAGCCCAGGCCAGGUGUUUGUCUUGGAUGAGUACUGUGCCAGGAACGGGGUUCGAGGUUGUCACAGACAUCUGUGUUACCUGCGUGAUCUCCUGGAAAGAGCAGAAAGCGGGGCUAUUAUUGACCCCACUCUUCUACACUACAGCUUCGCUUUUUGUGCCUCCCAUGUCCAUGGGAACAGAGAGGGCAGCAAUUACUGGGGGCCACUGGGCUAUGAGGCCUUAAUAUCCCCAAAGAGCUCCCAAAGGCCAGAUCCUGGCACUGCCUCUAAACGAGCACGCAUAUUCAAGUUUAGAAAGAGAAAGGAUUCCAAAAUUCAACUCUUUCAAGGCCCCAAAAGGCCAGAUGGGCUGAGCACAGUGAAAGUGGACGAGAAGGAGCGCUUUGAAGACAUCAAGGAGCGGUUGCGUGUGAUAUUGGAAAACCAGAUUGUAAAUUUCAGAUAUUGUUUCCCCUUCGGUCGUCCAGAGGGUGCGCUGAAGGCCACUUUAUCUUUGCUGGAGAGGGUCCUGAUGAAGGACAUUGUGACCCCAGUUCCACCAGAAGAAGUUAAAGGAGUUAUCCGCAAAUGUUUGGAGCAGGCUGCUCAGCUCAACUACCAGCGGAUUAAAGAAUAUGCUAAAAUUGAAGAGAACGUAGGCCGCUUAGUCACGCCUGCCAAAAAGCUGGAGGAAACAAUUCGCCUGGCGGAGUUAGUCAUAGAGGUCCUCCAGCAGAACCAGGAACACCAUGCGGAGGCAUUUGCAUGGUGGACAGACCUCAUGGUGGAGCAUGCAGAAAACUUCCUGGCCCUCUACGCCAUUGAUAUGGACGCCGCUCUGGAGAUCCAGUCCCCUGAGAGCUGGGACAGUUUCCCCCUCUUCCAGCUGCUCAACGACUUCCUCCGUGCAGACUAUCAUCUGUGCAAUGGAAAGUUCCACAAACACCUUCAGGAUCUGUAUGCUCCUCUGGUGGUUAGAUAUGUGGAUCUGAUGGAGUCCUCCAUCGCACAGUCAAUUCACAAGGGCUUUGAGCGAGAGUCCUGGGAGCCUGUAAAGAGUUUAACAAGUAAUCUGCCCAAUGUGAAUCUACCAAAUGUGAACCUCCAAAUUCCCAAAGUACCAAAUCUGCCAGUGCCAGUAGCAGGACUAUCAGUUAACCUUCCACAAAUGCCUAGCUUUUCUACCCCGUCAUGGAUGGCUGCUAUAUAUGACUCUGAUAACGGCUCUGGGACGUCAGAGGACCUCUUCUGGAAGCUGGACGCCCUCCAGACUUUCAUCAGGGACCUGCACUGGCCUGAGGAGGAGUUUGCCAAACACCUCGAGAGUCGCAUUAAGCUAAUGUCGAGCAACAUGAUCGAGAACUGCGUCAAGCGCACUCGGAUGGCAUUUGAGUCCAAGCUGACAAAGAGCAGCAAGACCACAGAUUUCCGCAUUUCUCCAACAUUAUGCACCAUGUUUAAUGUGAUGGUGGAUGCCAAGGACCAAUCAGCUAAAUUGUGCGCAAUGGAGAUGGGCCAAGAGAAACAGUUCCACUCCCAAAUCGACGAACUGAUCGAGGAAAGUGUGAAGGACAUGAUCCAGCUUCUGGUUGCGAAGUUUGUUGCCAUUCUGGAGGGAGUGCUGGCUAAGAUUUCCAGAUAUGAUGAAGGCACUCUCUUCUCCUCGUUCCUCUCAUUCACGGUGAAAGCUGCCUCAAAAUAUGUGGAUGUCCCUAAGCCUGGAAUGGACGUGGCUGAUGGCUACGUGACCUUUGUGCGCCACUCUCAGGAUAUGCUUCGUGAUAAGGUCAAUGAGGAGGUGUAUAUAGAAAGGUUAUUUGAUCAAUGGUACACUGCCACCAUGAACCUUUUGGGGACCUGGCUCACUGAACGCAUGGAUCAGCAGCUGCAUGUCUACCAGCUUAAGAUUCUCAUCAGGAUCACAAAGAAAAAGUACCGGGACUUCCGUCUGCAGGGUGUACUCGACUCCACCCUGAACAGUAAGAUGUACGACACGGUACGCAACAGGCUGACCGUGGAAGAGGCCACUGCUUCAGUGAGGGAAGGAGGCAUGCAGGGCAUCUCCAUGAAGGACAGCGACGAGGAGGAUGAAGAGGAUGACUAGAGCCCGUGUACUGACACUCCAGCCCUGCCCCUGAACCCCUCACCCCGACCCCCCUUUCACACUUUUGACUUUAGCCUGGUUACCGAUGCAUGUACCAACUCAGAUAGCCACUCUAGGACCUCUUUGUCAGCUCGAAAUGCCUAUGAAGGAACUAAUAACUAUAAAAAUAGUACUUAUACUGAGGAAACUCAAAAUAAAAAUGUUAAAAAAUAACCAUGAUUGGCAGUUUAGCUGUGUCAUGAUAAAGAUAGCACCUAUCUUUGAUUCAUUCAUUUCUAAAUUCAUUUCUAUGUGUUACUAAGCAAUAUGGAGAACCAUUUGUUUGACAAUGUUGAGUGAGAUUAAUAGGUGUGUCCCUGUCCAAUGCAAACCUAUAUGGCGCUUCUUUGUCGUAUUCUACAUUCAUUAAUGGUACAUUGUCGUGAUGAUGAGUGUGUGGACCCUUUUAUUUGUCUUGUCUGUUUUUAAGUGAAUGCCAACUGCUUCAAACUGAAAAUAAACCUCUGUAUUUGUUUACGGCUGUUACAGAUAAACUGUUGUCUACUCACUGUUAUUAACAUCGACAGUAAGUCUAGACCUGCAUUUUUAUCAUGUGUCAAUGCUAUGUGAUCUCAUCUCAAUUACUAAUUAGACAUGGUUCAACGGGAAUCUUUGAACUUCAACGAGAGGGUAUUCUAGAGAUGCAAUAUUCUCAUAGCUCCAUUUUGAUAACUCGGGAGAUUCUAUUUUUAUUUCAACAUUAAAAGGCCUUGAAACAGGUUCUAUUUUAAUUGAGUUGCACUUUUACAGAGAAAAGAGCAAAAAUAAUUUUUUUUAUUAAAAAAAAAGUUGGUCUGUCUUUGUUCUGUAAUUGUGUAGAAUGAGAUGUCUGGCAUUUGUUUGGGUCUCACUGUUGUUUUGUAUAUAUUAUAUAAAUAUAUAUAUAAAUAUAAAAUGCUGUACAUUGCAUUCUGAGCCAUCGCUGCAUGCCUGUGGGUUCCCACCCUCCCUCAAAUGCUUUCUGUUUUCUGUGUGAAUUAGCUGGUGGAUUCAUUCUUGCUUUUGCCUUAUGAAAGCCAACAGUUGUAAUAUGCAAGAGC